GCCAUACAUGGCUUUCAAUCAAAUUGAAAAAUCACACAUGUAAAUGUGAGACCUAACCACCACUUACUAUGUGUAAAUAACACUAGCAGGAAAUGGAAUUUCAUCUUGCACCACCAACAAAGACUCAACUAAAACUGGUUUUCCUUCUUUUACUCCAGUAUAGUUGGGUUACCACAUUGGAGAUCAGUUUGAAGGAACAAUGUGAUCAGAGCCGUGCUAAACAUGUUCAAAUGUUCGCAUUAGGGAAACCAUUCCAGCUUUGCUGCCUGAUGGACCAGGUCAAAUGCCAGAAGCUGCCGUCUGGUAGUCAGCUGGAACUAGUUAAAGAUGGGGGACACACGGAUGACCUCUUGUGGAACAUCACAAACCUCGAUGAGUGCACGCUUGUAUAUUCCAACCACAACGCAACAGCUUUGUACUCGGGCCGCUACAAAUGCAUACAGCGUGGCCAGAAAUAUCCAUUCCAGAGGUUACAGGUCAAAAUUUUAGAUAAGCCAGUCCUGCCUACAAAAGUAAUCUUCAAAGCUUCAGAGUUCAAUGAAAUAAACAUUGUUAUGCUCAGGGGGUCUCCUGAUGAGUUGGAUGAAUACCAAAUUAGUCUUUCACAAGGCUUGGCUCCUGUGUAUACCAGCAAGAUGGACUGCUUGAAUGAAAGCAUCUGUCAGUGGAACAACAGCGCUCACGCUAACAGAAACAGGAAUGUGGCUCACAAAAAUUACUCAGUAGCUUUAACUGUUUCUAGACCCUCCAUAGAAAACCCCAUUCAAACAGUCAAACAUGUUUACUCAUUCAAUCCUAUUCAGUUCAUUGUACCAGAACCUGUCCAAAAUGUCCAGCCAGUCAGCAUUUCAUCAGAGGAAGCCUUUGUUAUGUUUGAAGUUCCUGAAACUACUCGCCGCUACAUUAACUGGAUGAAUUUUGACAAACACCCACUGACUUAUAAAGUUGUACUCAACAAAACACAAGGCUACCCCCAGUUAGUGGUGACAAAAGUAAAGAAAACAACACAAAGUUUUCGAUCACAAUCAUCACAUGACUUUCUUGCAGUGAAGUUUACCAACUUAACAGCAUUCACUGAAUAUACAGUGAGUGUAUCUGGAUUCAGUGAUGGGGGGGAAAGUCCAACUGAAAUGAUCACAUUCACUACAAAUAAAACUGCUCCAGCACUGCCGCCUCGUGUCGAUGAUUUUGGUUUUUCUCGAGUUGAUGAUGUAAAGAAGAAUGCAACAAUUCUUGUCCUUAUGUGGAAGCCCCUGCCUACAGAUUCAAGAGGGGGCAGUAAUUUAACAUACGAUGUCGUGGUCACCUCAGACAGGAACAAUAUUCCACUGCAAGAGCUGAACUCUGACGGCAUGAAUGCUGUUGUCCACCUGCCACUCAACCCUCAAGCAAUGGUGGUGAGGAUUUGGUCGAGGAAUGAGGUGGGGAGGUCAGCAAACUACUCCCACAUCUGGAUACCAUCAAACAAAGAUUUUACCCAACCCAGAAUGGUUGUUACAUACAGGUUGGAUAAAAAAGUCAAUGUACACAUCAAAACAGAUGGUCAAACAAAGUAUGACAAGUUUGCUGUUCUUCAUUGCAAAGGCAAGAGGGAUAAAAUCUACAAUGAUGUGGAUGUUUGCGAGGAUUAUCCUCGGCUAGUCAUGUUAGAGCCUGAUGCUGCUGAUGCUGCUGAUGCUGCUGAUGCUGCUGGUGUGGUGGGGGUGGAGAUCCCCCUGGGUCUACCCCUAAGUGCUGCUACAGAACAAAGCGAGAUGACCUGUGGCUACACCACUCAGGUGAAAUACUUUGAAUUUGGGAACAUGAGCCAGACCCUAACUGACCACAAAGAUGCUACUGCUUACGUCAGCCUCACUGGUCAGUGGACUGACCAAGGCUCAUGCAGUGGUCACUCUGUGGAUGCAAUUUCCAGUUUGACGAAGCCGCUGCCAGAUUCUUCCUCUCUUCCUGAGGUACCAGUCUAUGAGAAGUUUUUCAUCGCUGUUCAAGAAAAUGGAAAAUGGAUGGGGUUUCAUUCUGCUGAAUGUUAUUACGAUAGUUCAAUAACGGAGUCCGCAGUGAUCACAAGCCAACCUGACAACAUCCUGGUGAGGUUCAAGCAGGAAUGUGACCAGGAGACUCCCAAACAAUUCCUGGUCAGUUAUUUUGAACUGUACUCAUGCGCUGAUGAAGAUUGCAAAAAUAACAUGGUGAUGGUCAGCAGAGUGAAAAACAACAUUUUUAACGCCAAUGAACUGAGGUUGCCUCCUGACGCCAAAUUUGUUUCUGUGAAAUCCUACAGAUCUGAUGGUUAUUUCAUCUCCGACCCAUCGGUUUUUGCAGUUGCACCAAGAUUUGGGUCAGACAGUACCUCAGAGCAUUUCUUGCCCAUUUUGCUGUCAAUUGGUCUAGUUGCAAUAUUUCUGGGACUAUUCAUCUUCGUUUUCUACAAAUGCAAGAAACGAAAACAGCAUUUCCAGAGUAUACACGACUCAUCUAUACCAAUACUGGGCGAUUCACAUAUGGACCCAGAAGCUAUCUGUAGCAUUCCUGCAGAGGAAACAAACCAGGUGAACUUUGUUGACAGUACAAGUUUUUUGACCAAACACUUCAAAUUGACCAGAAAUGGAAAUACAAGUUUGCGUCAAUUGAAUGCUACCAAAGCAUUCAGGUGUGUAGGAGACAGUGGGUUCGGAUCCGAAGGUAUUCAAAACCUCCACACAAGUGGUAACACCAGUGAGUCUCCUUCUACUCCUGAAACAGACACCACAGGUGUGGAUUCCUUGUCAUCUACAGACACCCCUGAAACAGACACCCCUGAAACUGACACCACUCGUGUGGAUGUCUCUUCAACUAGCGACACCCCUGAAACAGAUACCACUGGUCUGGAUGUCUCUUUAACUAGCAACGCCCCUGAAACAGACACCACUGGUGAAGACCACUCGUCACCUAGUAACGCCCCUGAAACAGACAACACUGGUGAAGACAACGUGGAUAUGUAUGGUUGUCACGGUUUGACCCGUGUACCAUAUGUGGACAAAAACUCUAAGAAUCAGCCACUAAGUUACAACAGAGAAACAGCCACUUCAUGAAGUUACAACAGAGAAACAGCCACUUCAUGAAGUUACAACAGAGAAACAGCCACUUCAUGAAGUUACAACAGAGGAACAGCCACUGGAUGAAGUUACAUCAGAGAAACAGCCACUUCAUGAAGUUACAACAGAGAAACAGCCACUUCAUGAAGUUACAACAGAGAAUCAGCCACUUCAUGAAGUUACAACAGAGAAACAGCCACUUCAUGAAGUUACAACAGAGAAACAGCCACUUCAUGAAGAUACAACAGAGGAACAGCCACUGGAUGAAGUUACAUCAGAGAAGCCACUUCAUGAAGAUACAACUUUUCAGAAAAACAACCCAUUUAUCAAUCAACCAUAAUUAACCCAUUUAUCAAGCAACCAGUUGUAAGCACCAACCCCAUGACACAAUUCCCACCAUCUAGUCCAACCAACCAACCAGUUAGAACUACUUAUGACAGGUUGGGUGACCAUUGCUAGAGAUUUACUUAUGAUGGUUCCCAGAAAACUGCAAAACUGGGCAAACAGAAAAAUGUGCAAAUACCAACAAGCUAUACUUAUACACUUAAUUUUUGUCAUAUUUGGUAUAUAAAUGUUUUAUUAUGAAACAAUGUACAUGAAGUCAUUCUUUGCCAAUUUGUGUGCAGUUUUUUAUUGCGUAGUUUUCCUUUGUGCAUUUUUCUGGUCACCACUUUGACAGGUUGUCUGACCAUUACUACCCUGUUCACCACUUCUGACCAUUACUACCCUGGUCACCACUUCUGACCAUUACUACCCUGGUCACCACUUCUGACCAUUACUACCCUGGUCACCACUUCUGAUCAUUACUCCCUGGUCACCACUUCUGACCAUUACAACCUUGGUCACCACUUCUGACCAUUACUACCCUGGUCACCACUUCUGACCAUUACUACCCUGGUCACCACUUCUGACCAUCACUACCCUGGUCACCACUUCUGACCAUUACUACCCUGGUCACCACUUCUGACCAUUACUACCCCGGUCACCACUUCUGACCAUCACUAUCCUGGUCACCACUUCUGACCAUCACUACCCUGGUCACCACUUCUGACCAUCACUACCCUGGUCACCACUUCUGACCAUCACUAUCCUGGUCACCACUUCUGACCAUUACUCCCUGGUCACCACUUCUGACCAUUACUACCCUGGUCACCACUUCUGACCAUUACUACCUGGUCACCACUUCUGACCAUUACUACCCUGGUCACCACUUCUGACCAUUACUACCCUGGUCACCACUUCUGACCAUUACUACCCUGGUCACCACUUCUAACUUCUGACCAUUACUACCUGGUCACCACUUCUGACCAUUACUACCCUGGUCACCACUUCUGACCAUUACUACCCUGGUCACCACUUCUAACUUCUGACCAUUACUAUCCAGCAGAAAAAAAAUAUGUUUGAAGAUGCUCAUAAAAAAUUGUAGUAGGGUAUUUUGUCUUUCACUUCAGUUUUUUAGUGGGGUCACGGCAAUCCAUUCUUAGUUUCUUGCUUUUACAUUUACCGUGACACUACUGAACAACUUAUACUCAUGUAACUCAUUUUGUUUUAAAUUUUACACCUGAGUCAGACAGCCCAAUUAUUUUACAAUGUGGCAUAUCACUGGUAAUAAAAAACUAUGGUACAGACCCAUAAAGUUUUUAAUUCGGAUUUCCAAAGUAAACAACAUUUUCUUUUUUUUUCUUAUAAAAUGCAUUUUAACGUGUGCAAUGUGAAAAUCGUGUGCAAAAUGAACCUUUUGUAUCUGUAAUAAUUAAUGUCAUUAAUUUAUUUACAAUUUAGUUUGUAAAGUAUUUUGUGCCUUCUUCCAUCAGUUGGAAAUAGUUUAUUUAGUGGAAUUGAUCUGAAAUUUUAUACAAUGAACUAAGUCUAACGUAGGUGACUUAUCUUCUAUAAGCUUUUGGAUAAAGGUCUGAUAUUAGGGAAUAACUAGUUGAAUUAAGCUUAUUAUUUAUUACUAUUUAUUCUCGAUUUGUUAUGAAAAUUAUCCAAUUUAAUUUUUUUAAUAGACAUUUUUAAAAAUCAAUACAUAUAGAAAUAAUUUUUUUAAUGGUAAAAGAUCUUGUUUUUGUUAUAUAAAGUAGAAACCCUUAAAGAAAUUAAAGAAAUCCACAUGAGAAACUAUUUUUCUAUUAUAAUGUCUAUGUUAAGCUCUUUAGACACUAAACACUAGACUAAUCUUGGGGGUAAUGUAUCAAGACGUCAUGUGUGUUUACAAAAGGUAAUUGCCUGCAUCAUUUAGUACUGCAUUUAUUUACUAGUAUUAUUUAGUCUAUAAAACAUGUUUUGAACUUUUAUUUAACUUUGGGUGUAUUCAUCUUUACAAUGCUAUGCAUUCACUGUAAUGAUAUUCCUUACUCAAUCAUCUUGUAAAUAUAUUUGCUUUAUACCAACUCAUAUACAAUGACAUUCUUUACAUUUGCUUUUUGUCAGGCCAUAAGAGAUUGUUUUUUAUUGUUUCUAGUCUAUGCUCACAGUUUUUGUUUUUACCUUCAGAAUUAUUGUGACCCUAGUUGAUCUAAAGAGCUGCCCACAUUUUUGUAUAAUUUGCGAUUUAAAAUUGUAUCAACCAAACAAGUUGAAUAAUUUAAUUCGCUUAUGUGACCCUAUCAUUUGAGAUUUUAAAUUUCAUCAACAUAAGAUUCCAAACGUUUCGUAAUUUAAUUCAUAUAUGUGGCAUUUCACAGGAAUUACUUCAUCAUCAUCACCAUCAUCACCAUCAUCAUCACCAUCAUCAUCAUCAACACCAUUACCAUCAUCAUCAUCAUCAACACCAUUACCAUCAUCAUCAUCAUCAACA